CCUUCAACUGACAACUACUUUGUGCUCCGAUGCAAGCGUCAACGAUUCGGCCGCGGUCUCUGGUGUCGUCGCUCGUCUGCAGCGGAUGACCGGUCAUAAAUUCUAUCUGACACAGACCGACAUCCCUGCCGAUCAGAAGGACGUGUGGUUUCUCGGGCAGUUCAAUCGUCUCCUGGCGCUACCGGCGCGGAUGGGUCUGCAUAGUCUUGUGGUACAAACCAAUAAUUUCUCCAUCAGCCAACUGGAAGAGGCGCUCACGUAUGCUUGGGCGCCUAGCUUUGAAGCAUACCUGAGCAGCCCCGUAGCAACCGCAGAGGAUGCACCGCAUAUACGGUUUCUUUCCUUUCUUAAUUCCAGCGAAACGCUGCCCCUUGCGCGUGCUGCUUCACGGUUUCAACUUACCCGCAUUAUCUACACGAUUCUCCUCUCGAAUGCGACCAGCGCAGCGUCCGACUCACAAACCACGUCUCAGAACGCUCCAAAGGUCAACCAGCCCGCGCAACGCAUAACGGCGCCGAGUGCCGAGGUGUUGACGCGCCGACUGGCCGAUAAAGGCCUGCAUGUGUACGACCAGUUGCUGAUACCGGCGCACUUGGUCGGUGUCCCGCUGUCAGAAGACAUUAUACGUUCCAACGACACGGUGGCUUACAUGGGCUGUGCGAACUUAUCCGCCAACCGAACCGACGCAUCGUGUACGACACCGAACGAUGUGGAGGUAUCGAUUGGUGCGGUGGCGACGUAUUUUCUGGUGUCCCAAGUUAACGGAUCAUACACGCAGCAGGAGACGAAUUACUUCAGCUGCUUAACGUUUGCCAAACAAUAAAGUGUGGGCCGGAUGGCUGCUGGAUCAGAAUGCGUCGGUCCCUGGCGCCUAUCGUCCGCCCGUCGGCGACCAUUACCUUGUGCAACCGCAACAUUCGUUCCGUGUUUAUACGUCGCGACCGGUUCAUUUCCAAACGUUGCCGAUUAUUCAGAAAUUAUUCAGCGAAAAACUGAGACAAAAUUUAGUGUACGGUCAGACUGUGGACGUAAUACUAUGGAAUCCUGAUCUGGACACUGGAACCGAGCUAACCUUCCUCGUGCAGUUGAAAUCCAAUCAGCAAGUCGUUGCUGAACUGGACGCACGCCUGUUAUACGCCGACGCAAUUUACAAGCGACUGGAGAAGGCCUUUGGAUCCGGCGUGAUGUGGCCGGAGUACCCGUUCACCCGUGAACUGUACAUCAGCCGGCAGCCGAUAGUCCAAAAUCGGACGCUAGAGCGCGAAUGCAUUGGUGAUGCCGAUGAUGCCGAACAGCAACGCUCUGGGAAGAAACUGCAGUAUAUCGACGCGUGCCGAAUGCAGGAGACAUUUAGCAUCGUGACUGUCACAGAAACCAGCGAUCCGAAGCUAGCACCGUCCUCUGACACGGUUCAGCGAGCCGUUUCUUUGGCGUUUGCCCAAGCCAAUCCGCUGACCGUGGGCAACGCAUCUUUCUCAGUAAAACUGACCAAACGGGAACGGCUGUUGCCCACGUUUCCCCACACGGUCUUUCGUAAGGGCGUGUCAAAUCAGGAGCCACAAGUGUAUCGCUUUACAUUCUCCUUUUCAUACGUCAAUCUGCCACGGGGAAAAUUCUGGAACAUCUGGAGAUUUCCUACCGAUGAAAUUCGUCAAACUCUAUCAGCCUUAAUUCCAAGAAUACGAUCUUAUCAUCCGUUUAUGUCAUUUACGAUGUACAGCAGCGAGCCCAUCAACGUCCAGCUACUGCCGCGGUUACAAGAGACUAUCAAAGAGCGUCUGCGUGUAUUCCACAAAUACGAUGAAUCCGAUGUGAUCAUAUGGGAUCCCGAUCUGAACGGCACCGUCGUCAAGUUCUUCGUCAAGAACGACCGGCUGUUUUCAAGUGGCAUCGUCGAUCCGCGUCCCGACAUGGGCAACGACUGGGUUUACCGUGAAGUGGGUCGGUUAAAAUUUGCCAGGAAUUCCAUGUACCACGCGAGCGACAAUAACGACGCCCUCACACUCAGCCAGAAUAAACCCAGAACAGACGACGGCAAGCAACAGUUAUUAGAGCGCUGCCGACAGGAAGCAACGGUCGCGGCCAGCACCGCAUGUCCUUUGCCUGCAAACUUCUCGGUGUUCCUGAUGCGCAAAGCGGGAUACGGUGCUCCCGAGAUACUGGAUACGGAUGCUGUUUUGGCUGGGAUAGUGGACGCGUUCGCCGAAGCCAAUCCGGUAUCCAUGGACGGGCUGGACUUGAAUAUUGCGUUAACGGGACGUUCUGAUGGCUUUCUGACCGCGCAAGGGGAACCGGUAGUGAAAUUUGAAUUUGCUGCGACUUACCGGGAGAUGGAGACCGGGAAUCUGUGGAAUUUUUGGCGCUAUCCGGAUGACAAAAUCCUGAACAAUAACUUAUACAACGCCUGCGCCAUGGUUGCUACAAUGCCAUUUUACUGAUUAUGAUUCUUUUGCUAUUGUGGUCGACUGAUCGUGACUGAAUCGCAGACAACUGGAACUUGCAAAAUGUUUAAAAUUCAUCUCAUGGUUUUCCAAUCAUUUACCGACGCACUCCGGCAUAUAUUUCCUUAACUCUGAAAAACGCUCAUUGAUCGCGGGUACUGCCUUUGCCGAGUGAUUUUCGUUUUAUUAUUACUGAACCUGUAUUUGUAUGGCUUUCGUUGAGCAAGCAAGAAAAAACGUAAAUACCGCAAUUUACGUAAGAGAGUACAUAAUUAAAGCUGACCAU